CCCUAUCUUACUACCUACAAAAUUGGAGGUUAAACCAAGCAGGCAAGAGUUCCAGAACUAGCGAGGCAACGCAGAUUGCAUUCCCAUUCUCUCUCGAUCUCAUUCCUUUUUCGCUUUUGAUUCUUCUCUCUUCUCAUUCAACCGAAGCUCCAUUAAUGGCUUAGAUGCUUGCUUCUUCAACAAACCUUGCAGCCAAAACUCGUCAAUGGAGUGUAUGGGACUCGCUGCUCGGAAUUUUGCGGCAAUGGCCGCUUCUAAUACUUCUAAUUUCGCUUCUACUGGAACUAGAAGAUUCAGGUUGUUAUGUAGAACAGAAAACCGUCAGUUCCGUUUGCGUCGCCCUUCUCUGCUUGUUAUGGCCAGUGCCGGAAGUGAGAGUUGCAUCGCAGUCAGGGAAGGAUUCGCAGACGACGAAGAUUACAUCAAAGGCGGUGGCUCCGAGCUUCUCUUUGUUCAAAUGCAGCAGAACAAGACGAUGGAGAUGCAAUCCAAGCUCGCUGACGAGCUUCCGCCAAUAUCGAUUGGAAAUGACGUAUUGGACUUGGUGGUUAUUGGUUGUGGUCCUGCUGGUCUUGCUCUGGCUGCGGAAUCCGCUGCUUUGGGAUUAAAAGUUGGACUCAUUGGUCCAGAUCUGCCAUUUACAAAUAACUAUGGCGUGUGGGAAGAUGAAUUUAAAGAUCUUGGGCUUGAAGGGUGUAUAGAGCAUGUGUGGCCGGAUACAGUCAUAUAUCUUGAUGACAAGGAUCCUGUUCUUAUUGGCCGUGCAUAUGGACGUGUUAGUAGGCAUUUGCUUCACGAGGAGCUGCUUAAAAAGUGUAUCAAGUCAGGUGUUUCAUAUCUCAACUCCAGAGUGGACAGCAUUAUUGAAAGUACCACUGGCCAUAGCCUUGUAGCCUGUGAACAUGAUAUUUUUGUCCCGUGCAGACUGGCAACAGUUGCAUCAGGAGCAGCUUCAGGUAAAUUGCUGCAGUAUGAGGUUGGUGGGCCAAAGGUGUCUGUCCAAACAGCUUAUGGUGUGGAGGUUGAGGUGGAAAACAAUCCUUAUGAUCCAAGUCUUAUGGUUUUUAUGGACUACAGGGACUACGCAAAGCAAGAAAAAUCAUCUUUAGAAGCACAAUAUCCUACAUUUCUUUACGCCAUGCCCAUGUCUCCGACAAAAGUAUUCUUUGAGGAAACUUGUUUAGCUUCAAAAGAAGCUAUGCCAUUUGAUCUGUUAAAGAAAAAACUCAUGUCAAGAUUAAAGACUAUGGGGAUCCGAAUUGUGAAAACAUAUGAGGAGGAAUGGUCUUAUAUUCCAGUUGGUGGAUCCUUGCCAAACACAGAGCAGAAAAACCUCGCAUUUGGUGCAGCUGCCAGCAUGGUGCAUCCAGCCACCGGUUAUUCAGUUGUUAGAUCUCUGUCUGAAGCUCCAAAAUAUGCUUCUGUUAUUGCCAAAGUUCUGAAGCAAGGACAACUAAAAGAUGGUCUUGCUAGCGGAAGAAGCUAUGGGAACAUCUCAAUGCAGGCUUGGAACACUCUUUGGCCACAAGAAAGGAAGCGCCAGAGAGCAUUUUUUCUCUUUGGGCUUGCACUGAUUGUUCAACUGGACAUUGAGGGCAUUCGAACAUUUUUCCGGACAUUCUUCCAAUUGCCAGAUUGGAUGUGGCAGGGAUUUCUUGGGUCUAGUUUAUCUUCAGCGGACCUUGCACUUUUUGCCUUGUACAUGUUCGUCCUUGCUCCAAAUGACCUGAGAAUGUGCCUCGUUAAACAUCUCCUUUCUGAUCCUACUGGAGCAACCAUGAUAAGAACAUAUCUCACAGUAGCCUGAAUUUUACCCCUUCCAAGAUCUUGUUCCUGUAAUGUAACAACUAUGUUUAGAUUACACGAGGAGCCUGAGAGGUAUUUUUCCUCCAUUUUCUCUGUAUGUUUCUUGCUGGAGAUUGUUAUAUGUAGUGUACAUAUUCACUAAUCUCCUCCAUCUUUUUCCUUUUUAUAUCUUCGCCCACCACUGUACUAAAUCUUAUUUUCAUAUAACUUGAGCUAAAACUUCGAUUGUA